CCGUGGAUUCAACUUCGCCAAAGUUUGAACGAAGGAAAGCCGGGGGAAAUAUGAAAUCUAUCAAAUAAUAAUAAUAUAUUUUAGGCCUAAGACCUUUAUCUUACAAGGGAAAUUCAAUUAUUAAAUAUGGAUAAUAUCAAAGUAGCCAUUCGGGUACGACCCAUAAUAUCAAGGGAGCAAAAAUUAGGAUGUCAUAGUAACUGGAUGAUAAAAAAUAAUACAAUGGCACCUAUGGAAAAUGGCAGAGUCGGCACUCCUUAUGCUUUUGAUAGAAUAUUUGACCAAGACAAAACAACUAUGGAUAUUUUUGAAGAAAUAUGCAAACCCGUUAUCACAGGGGCUGUAAGGGGGUUUCAUGGUACUAUAUUUGCAUAUGGACAAAGCUCUUCAGGGAAAACUUUUACUAUGUCUGGAUCAGCAAUGCAACCUGGAAUAAUUUCACUAUCUGUUGAAGAAAUAUUUAAACAGAUGAAAAAUACACCAGACAAAGAAUUUCUGUUGAGAAUAUCGUACAUGGAGAUUUACAAUGAGAAAGUGUCGGAUCUCUUGUCAACAGAAGACAAGCCCAUUAGAAUACAAGAGGACACAGAUAGGAACAUACAGCUAACAGGAGUGUCAGAAGAACUGGUUAUGUCUAAAGCUGAUGUAAUCACAUAUAUGGAUGUAGGAAAUGAGAGAAAGCACAUGGCAGAGACAAAACAAAAUGACAGAAGUUCAAGGUCACACUGUAUUAUGAGAAUGAUCAUAGAAAGCAGAGAAACAGGAGAUGAAGAGGCAGUCAUGGUUUCACAUCUUAAUUUUGUUGACCUUGCCGGGUCAGAGAAAGCACAUGAGAAUAGUGGUGACAGAUACAAAGAAGGAUGUGCCAUUAACAAAAGUUUAUUUAUGCUGGGUACUGUCAUCAGUAAACUCAGUGAUGGUGUUGGUCAUCAGCAUAUAGGAUACAGAGAUUCCAAAUUAACCAGAAUUUUACAGAAUGCUCUUGGUGGAAACUCAAAAACUGCUAUUAUAGCUACAAUAACUCCAGCUUCUAUAGAAGAGUCACACAGUACUUUGAGGUUUGCCUCUCGUGCAAAGACAAUUAAGAAUCAACCUCACACCAAUGAAGUGUUGUCUGAUGCUGCUUUGUUGAAGAGGAGUCAGAAAGAAAUCAAGAAACUACAACAACAGAUUGAUGAGCUUUCAAAAUUGAAGAGUGUAGAUGUCUUGAUGGAGAAAGAAGAGAUAGAGAAGAAAUUAGAAGAUAAAAUGAAUACAGAACAUCAAUAUAUGGAAACUAUUAAUAAGUUAAAACAGUUUAUCAUCAAAGGAUCAGAUGAGGAGGAAGAAUCAAAUUUCAAGAAAAUGAAAAGAAGACGGGAAACCUGGUGUCCUGGAAAAGCAAUAGGAUCUGCACUAGAUUUACCUGGAGCAGGUAAAUUUGCACGUGAUUUGAAUGGUCAGAGAAUAGAUGUAGAAUUUCAAAGAUCAGCUAUUCCAAAGUCUUUCGUCACAUCAAGGAGAGAUGAUACUGAUACUCCAGAUAUUUCUGAGAUGCAGAGUUUAUCUGACCUCUCUCUACCAAAAGAUGAUUCUCUUUUCAUGGAAUUUCCACCAAAGUUUGAUGCCUUUCCAAAACCAUCAAGACAUGUUAGUUUCAAAUCACCAGAAGCAGGUGACAGCCCACCAUUUUUACAAUCCAAAGAGUUUAUACAGUUACAAGAUGAUUAUGAGAACUUACUGAAUCUGUAUGAGGAUAAAUGUAAACAGUCAGAACAAGACCAUUCUUACCUCAUCCAUGAACUCGACUUCGUUAAAGAAGAACUAGAAAAGGAAAAACAUGAGGCAGAUAAUGCUAAACUUGUGGACGAGCUAAGAAUUGAUUUGAAGAAAAUACAAAUGGAGAAGAAUGACUUAGUAGAUGAAGUAGUCCUCUUACAGCACCGAUUGUCCAUUCAGAAUCGUAAAGUGGAAGAGUGCAUGUACGAAUUAAAUGAAUUACGCAGCAGACAAACAGAGGACAAACAAAACAAUAUAUCAGAUCAACAAGAGGGAAAUGAACAAAUGAUAAAGAUGGAAGCAGAGAGAGAAAAAUUUGCAGCAGAGAAAGAAAAAAUGGAAGCUGAAAAAGAGAAAUUGUCAGCUGAUUUAUCUGAUUUGAAAAACAUCAAUGAAGAGAUGCAGCAUCAGAAUGAGACAUCGUUAGAAAUGUACAUCAUGAAAAUUCAGGAAUUAGAAGAGAAAAUUGAAGCCAGUGAUGAAAGCUUAAAAAGUCAAAAGGAUAAAAUAUCAAGCCUAGAAGAAGAAAUUAAAUCCCUGAAACACAAUGUUCAAGAAAACGAACAACAAUUAAUUUCAACAAAUUCUGACAAAGACUGCUUACAGAAAGAAAUAGAUAAUUUGAAAAUUGACCAUAUUAAUGUUAACUCAUCAGAAAGUAACAAUUUAGUUGAAAUAUCAACACAGUUAACAAAAUCUGAACAUCUAAGAAACGAUCAAGAACAAAAGAUAGCAGAGUUAGAGAAAGAAAUCCUUCAUUUAUACACUAAAUUUAAAGAACAAAGUUGUACGGAUGAACCCAGACGAAGCACAGCCGAUGAACUCAGCGAUAUUCUUAAAGAACAUUGCUCUGAUUUAGAAAAUAGACUGAAAGAGAUGGAAACUGAAAAUACAGAACUGAGAGAAAAAGUUAACCUUUCAAGUAUGAAACCGUCCAGUGACGAACCCAGACGAAGCGCAGCUGAUGAACUUAGUGAUGUUCUCAAAGAACACUGUACUGAUUUAGAAAAUAGGUUAAAAGAACUCGAAACUGAAAAUGCUGAACUGAGAACAAAACUGAACGUUUUAAGUAUUAAACAGUUAAGUGAUGAACCCAGACGAAGCACAGCCGAUGAACUAAGUGAUGUUCUUAAAGAACACUGCACUGAUUUGGAAAAUAGGUUAAAGGAAGUUGAAACUGAAAAUACAGAACUGAGAGAAAAACUCAAUGUAAUUAGUAUGAAACAGUCCAGUGAUGAACCAAGAAGAAGCACAGCUGAUGAACUUAGUGAUGUUCUCAAAGAACAUUGCGAUGAUUUAGAAAAUAGGCUAAAAGAAAUGGAAACUGAAAAUACAGAAUUGAAGGAAAAAUUGGAAGUAAUAAGUAUAAAACAGCUAAGUGAUGAACCCAGACGAAGCACAGCCGAUGAACUAAGUGAUGUUCUCAAAGAACACUGCACUGAUUUGGAAAAUAGGUUAAAGGAGAUUGAAGCUGAAAAUACAGAACUGAGAGAAAAACUAAAUGUUUUAAGUAUGAAACAGUUGAACAACAAACCCAGACGAAGCACGGCCGAUGAACUAAGUGAUGUUCUCAAAGAACAUUGUGACGAUUUAGAAAUAAGGUUAAAAGAGGUUGAAGCUGAAAAUACAGAACUGAGAGAAAAAGUUAACCAAUCAAGUAUAAAACAGUUAAGUGAUGAAACAAGAAAAAGUACUACCGAUGAACUUAGUGAUGUUCUUAAAGAACACUGCGGUGAUUUAGAAAAUAGAUUAAAGGAAGUUGAGAAUGAAAAUUUAGAACUGAAAGAAAGAGUUACUGUUCUCAGCAUGGCACAAGUCUGUGAUACAUCAAAACAAAUCACAGCUGAUGUACUGGGGGAUGUUUAUAAAGAACAGUAUUCUGAUUUAGAAAAUAGACUUAAGGAGAUUGAAACUGAAAAUACAGUUUUAAAGGAAAAACUUAACCUUAUUAGUAUGAAACAAUUAAGUGGUGAACCCAGACGAAGCACAGCUGAUGAACUUAGUGAUGUUCUUAAAGAGCAUUGUGUUGAUUUAGAAAAUAGGCUGAAGGAAUUCGAAACAGAAAACACAGACUUGAAGGAAAAACUGAAUGCUCUAAGCAUGGCACAAGGCAGUGAUACGUCAAAACCAAGCACCGCUGUAGAACUAGGUGAUGACCUUAAAGACCACUAUGAAGAUAUGGAAAAUAAGUUAAAAGAGUUUGAAACUGAAAAUGCAGUUUUGAAGGAAGAACUUGAAAAUUCUCAAAAUGCAAGACCAGUGGAAGAAAAUGAAACAAAUUAUAUUUCAAAAGAAACUUAUGAAGAGUUGAAAAAUAGAUUGACAGAAAUGGAAAAUGAAAAUACAGAGCUGAAACAAAGAGUUCAAAGUUUAUCAGAAGUGAAUGAUAUAUCCAGAAAAAGUGUUUCAAUCAUGGCAGAUGACCACAGCAACAAUUUGAAGGGAUAUUGUGAUGGUUUAGAAAAACAAUUGAAAGAAUUUGAAAAUCAAAAUACUGAAUUGAAAGAAAAACUGAAAACUGUCAGCGGUGCAAUUGAAAUGAAAGAACAAAGCCAAAGCCACAAUGAGGUCAAUGAUGUAUUUAUAGAUGGUCAUGAGGAUGUAGAAAACAAACUUGAAGUACUUGAGAGAGAAAAUUAUGAGUUGAAAGAAAAAAUCACAUCUAUGGAUAAAACAGAUAUUAAUAUUGACAUUUCUGGUAUGAAAGAGCAUAUAAUGGGUUUGCAAAUUGAGAAUGAGGAGUUAAAAAAUCUGUCUGCUUCCCAAAUAGAAAAGAUUGCAAUGUUAACACAAAAGCUAUCGUGCAAUCAUUCCUCGGAGACCGAAAGUAAGAAUACAGAUGAUGAAUUUACCCAUCUGGAAAUUAGGUUUAGAGAAAUUGAAAUUGAAAAUGAAGAACUGAAAGAAAGAGUUUCAAAAUAUACAGCACAGUUACCAGAACAAGAAAGAAAUCAGGUCGAAAGUUUAGCAUCUGAGAAGAUGGAAAUUAGAAAAGAAUUAAUGAAAGCAUAUGAGCUAAGUAGACUAGACCAAGAAAAAAUAAAACAUCUGCAAACAGAAUUAGUUACAUUUGGAGAAAAGAUUCGUGCAGGUUCUAUUUCCGAAUGCAAUCGAAGAAGUGUUGAAGUAGAAUUGACAGAUGUUUACAAGGAACAUUGUCAAGAUCUUGAAGCACGAAUGGAGGAGUUACAAAUGGAGAAUUCUGAGUUACUGGGCAAGAUUGAUCAGCUGACAAAUGCUCACAGCACAUUGGAAGAACAGUACAAAGAACUGGAAACUAAACUUGAUAUAUUGGAACAAGAGAAGAUAGACGCUAUUACAAUAGGAUGCGGAAUCAAGGGAAGCAUAGCUGACGAACUGUCUUAUGUCAAUUUAGACCAAGAGAACAUCAGUGGCAUCAAGGAAAGCAUAGCUGAUGAACUGUCUUGUGUCAGUUCAGAUCAGGAGAACAUCAGUGGAACAGAUAUUUCCAGACUUCCAGAACUUGAAAAAGAGUUGCAACAACUGAAAGAUAUCUUGGCUGAUUCUAAAGGAAAUUCUGACAGCCAAAUAAAGGAACUCGAAACAGAGAUUAGAACACUUAAGUUGCAAUUGUCUCAAAGGUCUGUAUUGGUAAAUGAUGAACAACAGGAGUUGGAAACAGAGGUAAAAGAAACAAAUUAUUGUCAAGAGGAAAAAAUGGAUAUUAGCAUGGACUGUAGUACAGACAAGUCAAACGGGGACAAUAUAGAAAAUUCAUGUUCAUCUGACGUUUUCUAUGAUCAUGAUGACAUAAGACUAAAAUAUAAAGAACAAUUAGAAAAACUUGAACAGGAUGAAAUAAGAAUGAAAGAUUUAGUUAAACACAUACAAGAACUGGAAGAUGAGAAAAUGUCUUUGUCUGAAAAAUUAGAAGAGUUGAAAUGUCAAAAAGGAGAAUCUGUUAACACAGCUCACAUGGAAGAACUUGAAACCAAAGUUAAGAUUCUUGAAGAUGAAAACAAUGUUUUGUUAGAGAAAUUGCAUUCAAAUGACACAUCUGAAAUUGAAAAUUUAGAAAGCAAUGUUAAACUAUUGGUAAAUGAAAAUCAAUGCACAUUGGAAAAAUUAGAAUCAGAGGUUGCCAAAUGUUGUGAACUUGAAAGCAGAAUCACUGUUUUGGAAGAGGAAAAUAACUCUUUAACUAAUAAAUUGGAUGGAACAAAUUCUUUUGAAACAGAAGAAUUACAAUGCAGAAUUGAGGCUCUUGAGGAUGAGAAUAGCAGUUUGAAGAACCAGUUGAAUGAAAGUAAGCCUUCUGACAAUGAGGAAUUAUGGGUAAAAAUAGAAUCUUUAACCAAUGAGAAUAAAUGCCUGUCAGAAAGGUUGGAAGAAUCUCACCCCUCAGCAUCACAAAUACAAGAACUUCAAAGUGAAAUUACAGUACUUAAAGAUGAGAACAAGGCAUUGUGUGAGAAGUUUGAGGGCAAUGACAUUUCAAAAAAUCAAGAACAAGAAAGUAAAAUUAAACAGCUAGAAGAGGAAAACAAGGCUUUGUGUGAAAAGUUGCAAGAGAAUUACGUCACAGAAAAUCAAGAACAAGACAGUAAAGUUGAAGUUCUUGAAGAGGAAAAUAAAAGUAUGCUAGAAAAGUUAGAGGCCAAAGAAAUGAUGUUUUUAGAAUUAGAAUGUAAAGUAGAAGUUUAUGAAGAAGAGAACAAAACUUUACUUGGUAAGAUUGAACUAUUGGAAGGUGGUGUUUCUACAGAUCAACAAGAACUCAAUGAGAAAAUAAAUGACCUUCAAGAGGAAAAUAAAGCUCUGGUAGCACAAUUAGCAAAUAAUCAUUUAGCUGAAGACUUACAAAACAAGAUUCAAAUUCUUGAGGAUGAAAAAAUGUCCUUGUUAGAAAAAAUAGAACUUCAUAAUGAAAAAUGCCAUGAACUGGAAGGCAAGAUAACGAUUCUUUCUGAGGAGAAUACAAAUUUGGAAGAAAAGUCAGCAAGUUACAAUGUUAAAGUUGAAGAGUUAGAAAACUUAGAAAAAGAAGUUGAAGUUCUUAAAGAACAGAAGCAAGCUUUAACUGAGAAAAUUGAAUUGGGUAAAUUAAAAUUACAUGAGCUUAUGAGCAAAAUUGAGAUUCUUGAAGAAGAAAAUAAAAACUUGUCACAGAAACUGCAGGAAACUACCGAGACAGAAGAGUCAAAUUCUUUGUCAACACAAAAUUUGCAACACAAAAUUGACACUUUACUUCAUGAAAUAGAAACUUUAAAAUCAGAAGCUCAGUCUGAAAGGGAUUCAUUAAGUAACCAGUUGGAGGAGUCAAAAUGUAGAACAGAUGUAUUACAAGAGGAGCUUGACACAGUGACCCAACAACUGGAAACAAAACAUUCUAAAAAUGAAGAAUUAGAAUGUACAGUGGAAGUUCUACAGGAAGAGAAUGAUAAGGUGUAUGAAAAAUUAGAAAACAUGGUUGAAAAAAACAAACUGGAUGAUCUAGAAUGUCAGGUGGAAGUGUACAGGGAAGAAAAUGAGACACUGUGUGAAAAGCUUAGAAAUCUAGAGGAGAAUGAAAAGUUAUCCAAAGAACAAUCAGCUUUGAUUGAUAACUUAUCAUCAGAAUCUCAACAAAUAAAACGGGAAAAAGAAAGACUUGAAAUGAACGUGACAGAACUGCAAGAGGAAUUGACAAAAGUGUCUGCAUUGAAUGAAAAAGGAAAAAAGAAAAUAGAAGAUUUAAAAGACGAUCUACAAAUCAUAAAAGCAACAGAACACGUAUUGAAAAAUGACAAUGAGAAACUUUUAUCAGAAAUUUCAAACUUACAACAUGGUUAUCACGAACUUGUAAAAUCUGAAAAGAUUAAGUCAGACAUGAUGAAAUCUGAGGUAGAAACAUUACAAAUUAGACUAGCUGAAAGUAUUACUCCUGAUAGUGUAAUGGUCAAAUUAAAUGAGCAGGAACAAUCAUUUAAAGACAAACUUCAGAAAAAACAACAAACAAUUGAUCAGUUAAUGUCAACCAUUUCAAAAACGAAAGAAGACCGAGAUAAGAUUGAAGAGCAACAUACCAAGUUAGAUAAUGAUAAAGUGACAUUAGAACAGAAAUUAUCACUGUCAGAGAAAAACCUCAAAGAAUUACAAGAUACUUAUAAUAAACUGCUGAAGAAUUUUGAAGAACUUCAAAGUAAAUUAAAGGAAGUGGAAUUAGGAAAUUUGAGUGAGAGUAUGAAUAUGAGUAGAAGUAGACUAGAACAUCCAGAUAAAACAACAGAUAAGAUUGUCAGACUGGUAACAGAGAAUAGUAAGAUGAAAGAAAGAAAUAUAAAGGAUUCUAAGAUGAUAGAUUUACAAAAGAGCUCUAUACAGAGAUUGGAAGAACAACUUGAGAAGCGGGAUAGACAAAGUGACAUAUAUGAGAAAAUGAAGUCUGCAGAGGAAGACAAGAAGAAAGCAGAAGAAGAAGCAGAUAAAUAUUAUGACCAGUAUCAAAAGGAAGAGGUCAAAGUGUCAGCUUUACAGGAAAAGGUCCAGCAGAAAGACAAAGAAAUAAAACAACUACAACAGAAUGUUGAGAGUAUGGUGGCCAAAGGAUUUGUUAAGAAGGACGAGAAAUCUGGUGAUGAGUUCAGGAUACUCAAGAAAAAAUUUACAGAAGUUUACAAUGAACUACAAGAUACAAAGAAGAAGGUUUCCAGUGUAGAGAGAGAGAUUGGUGAUAAGAAGCUGAAUAUUAUACUUUUAGAGUCUAGUUUGAAAGAAACAGAAGAAAAGUGUAACAAAAAAAUAAAAGCUUAUGAGGAAUCUUAUGAAAUGCUUGAAGACCAUAAAAGAUCUCUGAAAAAUCAGAUCAGAAAUUUGGAGGGUCAGAUAAAUCAGCCUGAUGAUACAAUUGUGAAUUUCCAACAGAGUAAGAAAGAUUCCUCGUUACCCCUGGGAAAAGCUAGCAGUGCUGGUGGUGCUGUAGACCAUUUCACCAACAUCCUCCUACAGGAGGAGAAUCGAAAACUUAAGCAGGAAAAAUCUAAAUACGAAAAGAAGACUGAAAAGCUUCAACACGAAUUACAACGAUUACAAAAAGAGAAGAAGGAAAAUGAGCAUUUAGAGGAGAAAGUAGCACAGUUGAGGGAUGAGGAGAAACGACUUGGUAAACAGAUUGAUGACCAUAACAGUGCUCGAGCACCUCUUGAAAAUGUGAACUCUUUACUGGAAAAUUUCAAAACUUCUAAACUUCUAAAGCAACCAGAACCACCUAAACCAAAGAAAAGAACCAAUGAAAUCGAGGAAGGUUGUAAUCAGCAGUAAAUCUCUGUCUGCAACAGCUAUCAUGAUAGUUUGUCUACAACAGAACACUUUCAUCAGUGAAUGUCUCAACAGAAAAAUUUCAGCACUGAAUGUCUCGACAGAUCAAUUUCAGCAGUGAAUGUACACUUUCUUUUACAUUUUGUUAUAUAGUGUAAAUAAUACAUCAGGAAUUUUAAGAAUAUACAUAAGUCUAUAUAUAUUAUAUGUACUGUUCCAACAUAUGUUUUGAUCAUAACUUAUUCGUUCAUAACAUUGUUUAUAUAUUCAUCAUGGUUCAUUUAUUCAUGAUAUAACAUUAGUCAUUUAUUUUUUGUAACAUUUUUAACUGAUGUAAUAUACCAUUUAUGUAUUUAUUCAUGUUUUUCCAUCACAGCCAUGUGCUGACCUCUCUUACUGACCCUACAUUUAUGUACCUAUAAGUUUGUUAAUGAAUCACUUUAUUUUUUGUACAUUAACCAAUGUAGAUAACAAUGUAUUCAUCAAAUCAUAAUGAUAUUCAGUUUUCUAUUUAUAUGUCAUAAAGUAUAAUAAUAUUC